AAGGAGAUGGGCUGAGCCAUGCACGAGCAAGCGACAUCCUACAAGCCCGUUCUAGCAUACAUCUGCAUAUUUCCGUUAGGGAACGCCUACUCUGUGAAGUGCGCGUGUGCAAUAACGUCUUUGCGCUCCUUCGAAACAAAGCGUUUUUUUUUUACAAAACAUAGUCUAUCUACUCUGUUCAUAACCGAUUCUAGUUUUGGGAACAGAAAACUGUACUGAGAUCAAAUGUUUCAUCGAUGAGAUUUUUUUUAGAAUGUCGACCAAAGUCCAUCUUCUCCCACUGGGCUUUCUCUCACUACCAUAUUUCCUCUCACUGUGGAAACGCUAAGGGGAUUCUUCACAUGCAUUCAGCUGGUGAAAUAUCUGUUCCAUCUGUGGCUGGAUCCCUUCUAGCCAUGACCCGGUUGGGGUUCGGCGAAUGUUUGUCGCAAGUGACGUCACUUGCUGCCAAUAAACUGCGAAACUGACGUGGAAGGACUAUUUAAUUGAUAGAUGAAUUACAUCUUAUUGGAUUUUUGUUUAUCAAACAUCAAGCAACAAAAUAGAUUAAAAAGACUCGUCUAGGUAGAGAAGAAACACAGUGAGCGUGACCAACGAGGAUGUUUAAAAAAUUUGAUGAGAAGGAAAAUGUUUCCAACUGUAUUCAGUUGAAGACCUCGGUAAUCAAAGGCAUCAAAAACCAGCUGUUGGACCAGUUUCCAGACAUUGAGUCAUGGCUCAACCAUAUAAUUCCAAAAAAGGACCCUGUCAAAAUAGUGAGAUGCCAUGAACACAUUGAAAUCUUGACAGUGAAUGGAGAAUUGCUCUUCUUCAGACAAAGAGAAGGACCGUUCUACCCAACUCUCCGACUGCUGCAUAAGUAGCCCUUUAUUCUUCCACACCAACAAGUAGACAAAGGGGCCCUCAAGUUUGUCGUAAGUGGAGCCAAUAUCAUGUGCCCUGGAUUGAUAUCCCCAGGUGCCAAACUCUACCCCUCUGCCUCAGAAACAGUAGUUGCCAUAAUGGCGGAGAGCAAGCAAUAUGCGCUUUGUGUCGGAGUCAUGAAGAUGUCUGCAGAAAACAUAGAGAAAGUCAACAAGGGAGUAGGAGUUGAAAAUGUUCAUUAUCUUAAUGACGGACUGUGGCACAUGAAGACGUAUAAGUGAGAUGUCGUUACCCACCCCCUGGACAACAUGGAGCUCUUGACAGCGAGGCUGCCAGUCAAUUGUUUACACCAACGGACUUAGUUGCGUAACUAGCUGGAGGCUUUGAACCAACCUCCAAUUGAUGCACAAAUAAAAACCUGCAUUUAAAGUUAUUUUCCAUUCUUUUGCACUGCCUUUACAUUUUAUGGUUUCUUUGCUAAAGUUCUUGGGACUCACUUGCUACCAGGUGAAAAACAUCUGAAAUGGAUUGUAGAUCAUAGUGCCAUGUAUAUGCUGUUACAUGUAUUUAUGACAUGAAAUCAAUAAAGAAUACUCUGGUGAGUUGGAGGCUAAAGAAAAAAGAAUUCAGAUUUUUUUAGGGGGGUCAGGUACAUUCUCUCUUUGCAGUGAACAUUUAAUUGCCAAAGUUUUGGCACGCAUGGCCUUCAUUAGGUGUAUGUAUUUAUGAAAACUAAAGUAAUCUAGCAGACACUUCCAUAUGCCAGGAUGUACAAUGAUGCUUGAUGGGGCAUGAAUACAGACAGGCAUCACUGGUAAACAUUAGAAAAGAAUGUCACAUUCACAGUUUAAUCAAAUCAUUUUUUAUAAAUGGCAACUCGAGUUGAGGAUAGUUUGUUUGGAGCUCUGGGAGAAUCAAUUGUUUUUGCUCGGCGAUUACGUUUUCUUCUCACCAUGGAAACAAAACAAUAAUCAAUAGGAAGGUACACGGAGAACAAGUAUAGCCUACAUAAAAAAUACUCAAACGACAGUUGGGCUAGGGGUACAAUAACACAUAACAUAAAGACCUUAAGGGAUUUACAGUGCAUUUGGAAAUUAUUCAGACCCCUUGACUUUCUACAUUUUGUUACAUUAUAGCCUUAUUCUAAAAUUGAUUAAAUUGUUUCCCCAUAAUGCCAAUGGAAAAGCAGUUUAGACAUUUUUGCAACAAAAAAAAUCAAAUUUACAUAAGUAUUCAGACCCUUUACUCAGUACUUUGUUUAAGCACUUUUGGCAGCGAUUACAGCCUCAAGUCUUGGGUAUGACGCUACAAGCUUGGCACACCUGUAUUUGGGGAGUUUCUCCCAUUCUUCUCUGCAGGUCCUCUCAAGCUUUGUCAGGUUGGAUGGGGAGCGUUGGUUCAAGUCCGGGCUCUGGCUGGGCCACUCAAGGACAUUCAGAGACUUGUCCAGAAGCCACUCCUGCGUUGUCCUGUUGGAAGGUGAACCUUCACCCCAGUCUGAGGUCCUGAGCGCUCUGGAGCAGGUUUUCAUCUAGGAUCUCUGUACUUUGCUCCGUUCGGCUUUCCCUCGAUCCUGACUAGUCUCCCAGUCCGUGAAAACAUGAUCCUGCCACCACCAUGCUUCACCGUAGGGAUGCUACCAGGUUUCCUCCAGAGGUGACGCUUGGCAUUCAAGCCAAAGAGUUACAUUUUGAUUUCAUCAGACCAGAGAAUCUUGUUUCUCAUGGUCAGAGUCCUUUAGGUGCCGUUUGGCAAACUCCAAGCGGGCUGUCAUGUGCCUUUUACUGAGGAGUGGCUUCCGUCUGGCCACUACCAUAAAGGCCUGAUUGGUGGAGUGCUGCAAAGAGGGUUGUCCUUCUGGAAGGUUCUCCCAUCUCCACAGAGGAACUCUGGAGCUCUGUCAGAGUGACCAUCGGGUACUUGGUCACCUCCCUGACCAAGGCCCUUCUCCCCUGUUCUUGGGGACCGUCAAUGCUGCAGACAUUUUUUGGCACCCUUCCCCACACACUCCUGUCUCGGAGCUCUACGGACAAUUCCUUCGACCUCAUGGCAUGGUUUUUGCUCUGACAUGCACUGUCAAUUAUGGGACCGUAUAAAGACAAGUGUGUGCCUUUCCAAAUCAUGUAAAAUCAAUUGAAUUUACAAAAGGUGGACUCCAAGUCGUAGAAACAUCAAGGAUGAUCAAUAGAAACAGGAUGCGCCUGAGCUCAAUUUUGAGUCUCAUAGCAAAGGGUCUGACUACUUAUGUAAAUAAGGUAUCUGUUUUAAAAAAAAAAAUAGUUUUGCAAAAAUGUCUAAACCUGCUUGUUGCUUUGCCAUUAUGAGGUAUUGUGUGUAGAUUGAGGAACAUUUUGUAUUCAAUCCUUUUUAGAAUAAGUCUAACGUAACCAAAUGUAGAAAAAGUCAAGAAUACUUUUCCCAAUGCACUGUACAUUUAUAAUUCUAACCUCUUUUUGGUUGGUAGAGUAUUUUUCUUAAAAUACUGUUCAAUUUCCUUUUGUAAGGUAAGAAAAAGUUGUUUAAAAAAAAAAAAAUGAAAAUGCAAAAAUUAAUUACAUUGUCACGUUCCUGACCUGUUUCUGUUAGUUUUGUAUGUGUUAGUUGGUCAGGACGUGAGUUUGGGUGGGCAGUCUAUGUUUUCUGUUUCUAUUUUUGUUUGUUUAAGGGUUGCCUGGUAUGGCUCUCAAUUAGAGGCAGGUGUUUGGCGUUUCCUCUAAUUGAGAGUCAUGUUAAGGUAGGUGUUUUCACACUGUUUGUUGUGGGUGGUUGUCUCCUGUGUCUGUGUCUAUGUACAUUGCGCCACACAGGACUGUUUUCGGUUUGUUUGGUUUUUUCGGUUUAUGUAGUCUGUUCCUGUUUCAUGCGUUCUUCGUUAUAUGUAAGUUCUUAUGUUCAGGUGCGUAUACGUCGUUUGUUGUUUUGUAGUUUGUUAAAGUGUUUUUCGUGUUUUUUCGUCUUUACUUUAAUAAAUAUUAUGUCUUCAUA